CUCUUCAGCCUUCAAUAAGCCUCGAAUUAUCUCUGUAGAUCCAGUCAAAGAAAGCCAAUCAGUUGAAGGAGAAUUCGAUAAUGUCUGCGCUUUUCAAUUUCCAUUCGUUUCUGACGGUGGUGCUGCUAGUUAUUUGCUCCUGCACUUAUGUGAAGAUGCAGUUCCCCACCAUCCUCGAACAGAAAACUGGGUUUCGAGGCUUCUUUUGGAAGGCUGCCAGAAUAGGUGAACGUUUGAGCCCAUGGGUCGCUGUGGGAUGUUUCACGAUGGGCAUUUCGAUCAUAAUUUCCUAAGCAUGAACCUCUGUUUGGUUGUAUACUUCUAGUAGCUUCCUUGAUUUUUGUGUAUGAGGAGCUACCCACCCAUUAAACCCGUGUGGUGUUAUACAAUUUUUUUGUGAUAUAGAUGGUAUUGAGAAAUGAUCUGUUGUA